UGCUUAUUGUAAUUAUGGAGACGCUGAACACCAACCAAUUUUGUGUACAACAAACGGAACAGAGAAUAAUUAGCGAAGAAAUCGGAUCAAAAAUGGAGUCGUUGUUUACCGAUGAAAUGACAGAUUUUAUUAUUGAUAGUGUCCGAGCUGCUGAGUAUCUGUGGAAUCCAGCGAAUCCACUCUACAAAUUGAGGCACCUGAAAAACGAUUUCUGGCAAAAGUUGACAGACGACAUAAACAUUAAAUUCAGCCCAGCUGUUCAUGUUGUGCAAACUGACGUGUGCAGAAAAUGGAACAACCUGAAAUCGUACUACAAGUAUAUGCAUCAGAAGAGCUCAUUACUUGAUUGGAAAAACAAAUCCAAAAUGGAAUUCAUAUUGCAAUGGCCCAAUUCCAAGCGAUCUCUGAACAACUCUGUGAAGGGCAACAUUGGUAAAUUGGAGAUGGCGGAUGAGAGCAGCUUUCAUACAGAGGACUCCUUCAAUGCACACGACAUUCAAAGCCCGCAAGUUGUCAUAGAGAAGGAAGAGGAGGAAUUUGAACCAUCGGCAUUAGUGAAUACGGCUUUAAAGAGUUCUCCGGAUACGACAUUUCCUGCUAGUGACUCGGAACCAUCGCCAGUCCCCAAGAAGAGACGAGCCCUAAAUGAAAGUGGACUGGCGAUAACCAACGUCAAUAGCAUUGCAUCUAACACAGAGCAAAGCAGUUCGGAACCCAAUGAAUUGUUUCAUUAUGGCAAUUUCAUUGUGCAAAGCAUUAGGCGCUUGGAUCGGGAUCUUCAGAUACAGGCGAAAAAGAUUUUGACUAAUGUCAUUUUAGAUUUGGAAACAGAACAAGUUACAAGGGACAAGCUUCAAGGAGCACGACCGGCAAAUAGUUUUUAAUGUAGCAACACACUUCAUAUAGGUUAAAUACUUCUGCAAAUAUUAUUUUUAGU